UCUUACAGAUGGACGGAACAAAGAAACUAAGAAUAAAGACUUUUGCUAUAAAGAGUCCACGUAAGAAAGAGAAUAAAAGACCUGCAACUUCUUAUGUUCAAUAUAGAUGCAACGUUUUCGGGUUUGCAAAUGCAAUGCAAUUGUACAGACCAAUGCUUCAACAACGCCAAGAUGUCAUCAAUCAUUUGGCCGAGACACCAUUUUGGAGUCUAAUCAAGUUCUACAUGGAUGAUGAAAUUGUUGCAACGGACAGAAAAAAGAAGUCUGAUAUGGAUCUGAUCAAGAUCAUACAAUGCUAUGAUUCCAAGCAACAACAGUUCAAAUUCGGAGAUCAUGAGCCAAAAGCAAUAACAAGUGAAGACGUCGUUGAAAUAUUUGGAUUGAACAACCAAAGGGUUGAACUACCAAACACAGACAAAUCCACAAAGAACAUGAAUGACAGCUUUGUCAAAGCAUACUUUGCAAAGCAAAAAAUAGUGAAAAAAAAGGACAUUGUUGAAGCAUACCAAAAAUCAGUCCAAGACAAAACUCCUGAAGGGGCAAAAGCUACUGCUUCAAUUAUAUGUGUGCAUCUGCUACAAUCACUGUUAUUUGCAACAUCUGGAACUUACAUAGCGUGGAGCUUCAUAACAAUUUGUGGAGCUUUGGACCAAAUCAGAAAAUACAACUGGGCAAAAGGAGUGAGGGACUACUUGUUCAAGAGGAUUAACAAAUCGAAGAAAAAGAAGAAAAAUGGAGAAGAAUCAGCAACAACAAGCGGAUGCACUGCCCUUAUUUUGUAUUGGAUUUGUCUUCACACCAAUCUGGUGGAGACAAUAAGUGGGCGAGAAAACAUGAUUCCUGCCAUUGGAAGAUGGGACAUAACGAAAAUCCACAAAGCAAUCAGAGACAUUCAAGUUGAAGAAAUUGAGAUUGGUGGAGGUAUUCCUUGUUCUGAAGAACCAACAAAGGAGCAUUCCAACAUCAACCAAGAAGAAUGUAAUGUCAUUCCUUAUCCUCAACAAAAUAAUGAGUCUUCCAAGAAAAAGGAAAAGAAGACAACGGGAAGGAAAAGGAAAAGAACUGAAGUUGGAGCUGAAGAAGAUCAAAGCAUCACCAUCACUGAAGCUCAGUCACAGUUUGAUCAACUGUACCAAGAAGAAUUCAUGAAAUUUGAUGCAAGUUAUCAAAAGGACUUCAUCGGGAUUGAUAACACAUUAGGUGUGGAAGAUUUUGAAAAGUUUAAAAGAUGUGCGAGCAUGGAUCAAAAGAGAAACAUUGAACAGCUUCUGCAAGAACGACUUGAGGACAAACAGAAGAUUAGUUCAAUGAACACAGAAAUGAUACAGUUGCAAUUAAAUAACACAGCAGCUUCUAUGAAAGUAAAUAAACUUCUGGAUGAAAUUGGAAGUUUGAAGAAGAAGCUACUGGAAAAUCAAGCAAUAGUACCAGAUCUAAAUGCUUCAACCAAGGAAGAUCCAGAGGAGGAUGAACCACCUAAAGAACAUCCAGAUAAUGAUGAUCAAGUUGAAGAGCAUACACAUGAUAAGGAUACUGCUACUGAGGAUCCAGUUCAAGAGAAUGCAACUGAAAAUGAUGUGGCUAUGGAGGAUCCAAAACAAAGGCAUGCAAUUGAUCAUGAUCCAGAUGAAAAUGAGGAGGAUCAAGCUGAGGAGGAUCAAGAACAUGAAGGAAAAGACACUGCCACUGAAAAAGGAACCUUCGGAGUUCAACAAGAUGUUCAAAUGCAGACUCCAACUAUCAAGGAUGCUGAAAAAUAA